AUGAAAGAGUCCCGCAUUUCAAUGCGCGGCUUUUCCUCGAGAACAAGGAGGAAAUUGGCAAAGUGGAUGAUGUCUUCGGACCCAUCAAUGCCUUUUACUUCUCCGUCAAGCUUGGGGCAACCUGGCCGCUUAACGCUCUGGACCUGUGCACAACUCCAAAGCUCCGGACCACCGCUAGUGAAAGCAGGACAGUCAAAACUGUGGCAGGGUUUCGCCGCAAUUCAGGACUGCAGCAUUAUAGGAAUAUAUGCUAUGUCGCUUAGUUUAUGCAUGGCACAACGGGCUACGUAG